CUUUCAGUCUCAGAGGAGAGAGAAAGAGAGAGAGCAGGAGGAGUGUCGCUCGCACCGCGCUGUGUGGCUGAAGGAGGCGCCACGGCGGAGCUGCACUCAGCUCCUCAUCCACUCACCUGCCUCCAGUUCACACACAAGCGAGGGCACGAGAGUUGACAGAACGACUGAAAACUGAAAGAAACCGGAGAAGAGUGAAAGAUAAUUAGGGGAGAAAGAAACGACAGCGGAAACUCAAAUCGAGAGAGACAAAUCAAAGAACAACAGCAGUUUUUCUUCAUGUGUGCAGACAUGGGCUGUAAGUUGCAGAAGCCUCGAGGGUCAGAUGAAGCUCCAGGGAAGAUUUUCUCCACUCUUAGAAGAGCACAAGUGGAGACACACUCAGGAGUGGCCUAUACAUACCACUUCCUGGACUUCCUGUUAGGAAAAGAAGAGGUGGCAGUGUCCUCAUUGCUGUGUCUUUCGUCAGUCAGAGAGCUUCCGCUACAGGUGUGUGAGUUGUAUCAGAAGGGAUUCGUACUGGCUGCAGUCCAUCCCUUUGUUCACUCCUGCGGCCCUGUUAGUGCUAACCUUCAGAAGCAGUUACACCGAGCCGUGCUCAUCCGAGAAACACACAGUGGUUCUGAGAGUGGCCUGCUGAACUGGGUUGAGCCUUAUCUCACGACAGACGUGUGUUACCUCGGUCACCAGGACCCUGACCCAGAAGUUAUACAGGGCUAUGUGAAAAAGAUGCAGGAUUUGGCUGAUCAGGGUGAUCUGUUUGUGGGUUUUUUGCCACAACCCGGUGGAGGUCCAUAUUUCCUUGGUCACUGGGAACCAGAAGAUCUUUCCUCCUUGCACUCCAGUCCCUGUUCUGUGCAUCAGGGACCGCCGACCCUCAGCCCUGCGAGCGAGGAGAGCCCACAGGAUAGAGACAACGGGGAUCAUCGAAACCAGAAUCGUACAAACUUUAAUUCAGACAAUGAAGACUUUAUGAGCCACAGCUUUCAAAUACAAAGCCCUGAGACCAGCCAUUGUUGGAAUAAUCAGAAUCCUUUCACUGAGAACCAUCAGUGUCCAAAUUAUCAGUACUUAAAUGUUGAAGGUGAGUGUACGCAAUCUGAGGGUUUAAAGAACCAAGUGCCAUCGCAUGAGUUUAUAUUACGCUCUUGUGCACCAGAGCAACGUCAGACCCAGAGUAUUAGAAUGCAGCCGAACUUGCCCUGCUGUGAUUUGGCAGAAAACAACAAAAGAGAGCACAGAGAGCAGGUCAAAAGCCAAGACAAACACAGCAAGCGCACCGGAACCUCCCCGAUGCUGAAUCGUGUGCAGGUGUUCGCGCUGUACAAUCAUUCGAUAGUUCUGGCGGGAUCGCCGAAGUUUUUUUCUUUGAGGGUUCCACUGCAGGUGCGCAGGGAGGCGGGACUUGUUAACUCGAUUGAAUCCCAUUGGCUGGACCACAUGACGCAGCACUUCAGAAGUGGCGCGCAACUCAUCGAUGGCUACUUUCACCUGGGAGACGAUGCAGCAUCUUCUUGCACUGUGGACAGUGUUUUUAUCUUCCAAAGUGCUUCAAGUGAUGCCGGGCCAACCACAGUGUAUGACGCCAUUGUUGUUGAGCAAUGGACUGUUAUUGAUGGCGUUGCAGUGAAAACAGACUACAUCCCUCUGCUUCAGUCUCUGGCUCCAUAUGGCUGGAGACUAAUGUGUGUUCUGCCCACUCCCAUCGUCAAAAUGAAAAGUGAUGGAAGUUUGGCCACAAAACAGAUCCUCUUCCUCCAGAGACCCACGCUGCCUCGCAAGAGGAGAGACUUGACAAAACUGCACCUCAGAGGUCAAAACAAAAGGAACUUAAAUAAUAAAAGGACACCAGAGAGGGAGAUAUCACCACUGGCAACAAUUGAGAGAGAAAUGGAACGAAUGGAGAGAGAAAACACAAGUCUGAUGAGACAACGUGAGAUUAUCCAGAAGGAAAAUGGGCAAAAUUUGCCAGAAAGCCCAGAGAGGAGAGAUCAAGCGGAAAGGACGGUGGAAUUCCACAGGCAGAGGAUAGACAUCUCAAACAUCAGCCCUGCAAAAAAGGAUGGAAUUACAAACGGCAAUCAGGAAUUAAAGCGCACAAUUACAUGUGGUAAACAUGAGGACGUGCGAGUGGUCGUAACAGAGAGAGCUUUAUUCUCUGGAGUGUGCUGACAGUAUUCAUUUAUGGAUAUUUAACCAUUACAAUUUGUUCUUGUUUAUUCAGGCAGAACACACUCUCGUCAGGCCUGUGCCUGGGCAUAUACAUCGGCAAUGGCAAGAGAUUCUAACAAAUAUGUGAAAACAUUUGUUUGAGGGGCUCUCAAUAUCUGUGUAACAACUCGCUUUACAUACAGUAUUAGUGUAUGCAAUAUAUUGUGCACUAGCUCAAAUGCAUAAAAUCCACAAGAUGUUCAUUUAUUUCAUCAGUAAGUAUUGCAUCAGUUAUUUCAUUUAUUUAUAUCAGUGAGGAUGGCAGUAACUAAUGUCUGAAUUUGUAAAGUAACAGUAAGUGAACGUCUGUGAGACAGUUAAUGGUGUAAAUAAAAGCUCUCAAUAAUGGGCUUCUGAUGCAAAUUAAAAGAGCAUCAUUUGAAGAAACAGCUCACAGUUUU